GUUUGAGCAACGCCGAUCUAGAGGGUCUUCAGCUCCUUCGGGCAGCGAGUGCUGAGCUCAGCGACGGAGCUGAGGCAAAGGACCAAGCUCCGGGCGUGAAACUCCUCUGGCCUGAGGAGAUUUCUCACAUUUGGGCCGGCUGCUGGCUUGCAGGUAUGCCUAAGCAUCUCUCUCCCAACGUCAACACUUACCUUCAUUGCGCCAGGGGCCUUUUGAAACGCAUGACCUGGGGUGCAGCUCAAGACAACGGCACUGCUAUGCCAACGACCUCUGCCGGUGCUUCUGCCGGAGGGGCAGCCGACGAGGAGGAGCAGACCAAGCCUGGCAAAGACGCCGAGGAGCUUCUCAAAGCUUUGAAGCUCAUUGGCGCCGACAAGGGUGCCGUGGCAAGUGCUCAGCUACUCGCUCUGCGGAUGACGGCGGAGGGCAAGGUUGGACUCAGCCCGGCCAAUGUGAUUGCCCUCAACCUGUUCCUGUCAGACAGCGCCUUUCACAGUGAAGUCAGCACUGCCUUCGUGACGCAGUUUUCGCAGCAGCCUCUCCCAGCAGUGCGAGAGCGGGCGGCAGACAUCCAUGCAGCCCAUGUGGUUUGGCCAGAGAGGGGCAUGGAAUCCAGACUAGCCUUCAUGGGUUGA